CUCUCCCAUAAUAAGCGGGAAACUGAAAUAAAUUUUCAGCCAGAAAAGCUUUUACCCGCCGCCUACCUCCAAACCCUCAAAAUUGAAAAUAAAAAGACCCAACCCUUUUUUGGCAAAUCUAGUGUCUUUUGAUUCGUUUCUCACCUCCCCAGAAUUUUGAAUCCGCGCGCGCGAGAGAGUGAGCAAGUAUGAGAACUGUGAAGCGGGAACGCAGUACUGGCAGCGCCGCCGCCGGAAUUAGAGGGAGCGGCGGUGGCGGUGGAGGAGGAGGUGGAGGGAAGGACCGAGUUCUCAGGGAGAUAAAGCGGGAGCGAAUCCGAGUUAACUCGGAGACGGCGACGGCUGCUGAGGAGGAGCCGCACGUCGAACAAGGCGUCGAGGAACGGAGAAUCCUCCGCUCCAAGUAUCGCGCCUUGCGCCAUAGAAUCGACGAGGAGAGGGACGAUUUGACUAAUGUGGAUUCGAAGACGUUCGGUUCGUUCAUCAAGGAGUUUGACACUCUGCACAAAGACGUUCGGAAGCCGAGGGAGCAGGUUGCUGAUGCGGAAGCAUUGCUGGGAUUAACUACAACAUUGGUUACCUCUGUGAAGUCGCGUUCGAGUGACGGUAUUACAGUUGGAGGGUUUGUCACUAAAUUGAUGAACUCUUUUGGGCAAUCCACACCGACAUUAGGCGAUGAAGAGAACUCCCCAGUUUCAAUCGCUUGGAAGGAGAUUGGGCUAUUUGUUUCUCCUGCAUUUAGGAGAUGCAGCGGGUUCAGCACCAUGUUGGGGCCAAUGAACACUGAGAUGAAGCUAAGGAAGCAUAAUGUAACGCAGAGGCCUCGAACGAGGCCAGGGCAAAGUACACGUCCUGAAGAAGUUGAUGAUACUGGAGCAGAAGAGAGAACAGAUACUGAUAAAAAUAUGGCUGCUAUGUUUGGGAUCUUGAAGAGCAAGAAACGUGUAAGGCUUGAUUGUUUGAUCCUCAAUAGAAGAUCAUUUGCCCAGACUGUGGAGAACCUGUUUGCACUUUCUUUCUUGGUGAAAGAUGGCAGAGUUGAGAUAGUUGUGGACGAAGAUGGCAAUCAUUUUGUCUUACCAAGAAAUGCACCAGCUUCUGAGUCUGUAAUGUCAAAGGAGGUAGCAUACAGGCAUUUUGUCUUCAGAUUUGACUUCAGAGAUUGGCAGAUGAUGAUUGCUGGGGUACCUGAUGGUGAAGAACUCAUGCCCAAUAGGGAUACUGAAUCUUCUGCUGCUGACAUGAGCCAAGGUACUGCUGCAGGCAAUAUGCCCCCAGGUACUACAGCCCACACUGAAGAUGCACAGCCUCGAACACCAAUACGUAAACUGACAAGGAAUCGUGGGCUGGUUGUCCAGAAUGACACGGUAGAGGAGACCCCACAAGGGGAAGAAGAAGAAGAAGAAGAAGAAGAGGAAGAUGGAAAUGGUGCUCGAAAUGGUCUCCAUCGAUGUAAGCGCAGACUUGUGUAAGGGAGGCAAUCUGGGUGUUAUGUAUAUGACAUUUAUGUUAGAUCUUAUGCAGUUGACUAUUUGGGUGUCUUAGGUUAGAACUUUCGAUUUGGUGCUCGUCUUGAUUUGGUGUCUAACCUAAAAUAGCUUAAUGAAAUGUGCACUGUUUAGUUCAUGCUAGAACGGACUCAGGUUUUGCGCCGUAGAAACUCAGUCUUGUUGUUUGAUUGUAAACAAGAUGGUAGCAUUCUACGAGUGGUUUUGUAAUGUGCAAUUAGUUGGCUAUGAUCUGGGCGGUGUUUUAGCAUCAGCU